AUGGAAAUAAUAUCAAUUUUUGAUCUAAAAUCUGUAGUUCUUUCAAAGGAGGAAGUGGGUAUAGGAGAAUGCCGAUCCAUUAAUGAUUUUCGAAAAUUGAAUCUUAUUGGUGAGGGUACUUAUGGCAUUGUUUACAGAGGUCAAGAUAAAAAAAGCGGAGAAAUUAUUGCACUUAAGAAGGUAAGAAUGAAUGAGAAAAGUGAAGAGACCGGUAUUUCAAUGUCAACUAUUCGUGAAAUACAUCUCCUUAUGAAUUUGCAUCACAAGAAUAUUGUGAGUUUGAAGGAAGUCGCUGUCGGGCAGAACUUAACGUCUAUUUUUUUAGUAAUGGAAUACUGUUCUCAGGAUUUGUCAACAUUAUUGGAUAGUAUGCGAAUACCAUUCACAGAACCGGAAAUAAAAUGUGUCGUAAUUCAACUAUUGAAAGCUCUAGUUUAUUUGCAUGGAAAACAUAUUGUUCAUCGAGAUCUAAAGGUUUCUAAUCUUUUGUUAACUGAUGACGGCUGCUUAAAAGUUGCUGAUUUCGGAUUAGCUCGAACCUUUGGAGAACCUUCUAAACAAAUGACGCCAAAAUCGAUACAAUCGCAUAAAAUACAAUCGUUACAAUCUGUUUUGUAUCGUAGUCCAGAAUUACUGUUUGGUGCAAAAGAGCAAAGCACUGCUAUUGAUAUGUGGGCAGCAGGAUGCAUUCUGGGAGAGUUGCUCAUACAUCGACCGCUUUUACCAGGCGAAACAGAGCUUGACCAAAUAAAUAAAAUUAUUGAACUACUUGGAACUCCAACAGAGAAGAUAUGGAAAGGAUUUGACGAUUUACCGGCCUUACGGAAUUUUAAUUUGCGGUCUCAACCUUAUAACAAGUUAAAAUGUGUAAUGGGACGUGCAAGUGACAGCUGCUUAGAACUUUUGAAUGCUUUUUUCACAUAUGAUCCCUCGCUUAGAAUUUGUGCAAAAGACGCUCUACGCUGCAGGUAUUUUAAUGAGGCACCAUAUCCAUGUGACCCACAAAUGAUUGUAUUAUUUCCUCAUCAUGGAAGUCGAAACCGCAAACGACGUAAUAGUGAUGAUUUUUCAAAUGCUGAAGUUGCUCUGUGA